CCCCCAGUAUCCUCCCGGAAACGGUCUCGGAUCAGGCCUGUGAUACGGCGUGCGGCGCAGACAAGCAGCCAGUGGCGGAUCUCGGUCGUGACGUGUGUCGCUAGUACCCGCCCAUCAUCCGCAGCCCGUCUUUGCGGCACAGGGAAUCCGUAACCUGGACAAACAGCAGCCAGACUUCAGUCCACAGAUCCAUCCAUCAUCGCUAUGGGAAUUAUAGCGUUCUUCUUCCAAAACGAAGCGCUUAUCCCGUACUACUUGAAACCCGUGCACUCCGGGGCACAGACUAUAAAAAGGCGUCAGUGGACGAAAUUUGUACACUGAGGGAAUAAGCCAGCAAAGGGACAAUACCUCACAACAAUGUGGGUGUCCUGUUGAUGCGGAGAUGCUGAUGCUCCACCUAUGAAGUAACAGAUGUGGACCUGGGCAUAUUUAAACAAGACUGAUUCCACGGGGACAAUGCCUGGGAAAAUGUCUAUGACUUGGUCGCUGAUAAUGCUGCUGAUCACUGCGGUCAGUGACGUCUUAACCCACACACUGACCCCCAGCCCGACCACAGAGAAGCCCUUGUCUCCUCGACACUACCAUCACAUCGACCCCACCACUGGUAACAAGCUGGUGUGCGACAAGUGUCCGGCGGGCACCUACGUGUCCUCCCACUGCACAGAGGCCAGUGUACGGGAAUGCAGCCCCUGUCCAGACGGCACCUUCACCCGGGGUGAGAAUGGUGUUCAGCAGUGCCACCGCUGUCAGAGACGCUGCCAAGCCCCAUUUGUCGAGAAAACUCCCUGCACGUCCACCACCGAUCGGUUGUGCAUGUGUCCGCCAGGCAGCUUCUCCCAGGGUGGAAAGUGUCAGCGGUACACAUUAUGUCCACCGGGGUGGGGCGUCCGAAAGCGAGGGAGUGAGACAGAGGAUGUGCGCUGCCGGUCAUGUCAGCGUGGCACCUUCUCUGAUGUGGCAUCAGAUGUUCUGAGGUGCCGAUCUCACACAGUUUGCUCGUCUCUGGGCUUAACACUGCUGAUCAAAGGCACAGAAGAGACAGAUAGUGUGUGUGGGCCAACUCCAGCCAGUUCGGUCUAUGUCCUACUUGGAGAGGCCUCCGUUUCCACGGUUUCCAGCACUGAGUCAGCAUACAGAGCAAGCACUUCAGUUUCACCAGCUGCAGAGAUUCAGGAUGUAGCAGGGCCGGUCCUCAGUAGCACAGAUGCGGCCCUCGACGCUGAUGACAUUCCCACAACCACAUCUUCCUCCAAGUCUAGUGAUGAGGAUGUCGGACUCUUAAUCGCUGCAACUCAGGACUUCCCUAAAUUGCAAAACAAGCUUUCCUUAUCACCAGACCCCCAGCUUGCCAACCAACAGGCCAUGGAAACUCUGUCUGAGGGCAAGGCUCAAGGUUUGGGUUACCGGCCCAUCCGCAGGGGUGCGCCGAGGCCUAGCACGCACAAGCACUUUGACAUCAAUGAGCACCUGCCUUGGAUGAUAGUCCUGCUGCUUCUACUGGUGCUGGUAGUGAUCGUGGUGUGCAGCGUAAAGCGCAGUUCGCGGGUGCUGAAGAAGGGUCCCAGACAGGAUCCCAGCAGCAUCAUGGAGAAAGCCAUCCACAAGAAGCCCAGCUCUCCAGCGCAGACCAAGGAGAGGUGGAUCUACUACUCAAAUGGACAGGCUUAUCUAAUGAUGUUCUCAUCACUGUCAUUAACAUAUACUGUGACACCUCUUUUGCCGCAGGUUGACCUGAACAAGCUACUGACGGCUGUGAAUGUAAGCCAUUGUCUGAGCCCCAGCCAUAAGCCUUUUGAGUCGCCCGGUGUGGUGGUGGAGCAGUCCCCCAUGGAGCGCACCAAAGGAUUCUUCACCGACGAAUCAGAGCCACUGCUGCGCUGUGACUCCACUUCCAGCAAGGACUCUGCCCUCAGCCGGACAGGCUCUUUCAUAACCAAAGAGAAAAAGGACACAGUGCUACGGCAGGUGCGUCUGGACCCCUGUGAACUGCAGCCCAUCUUUGACGAUAUGUUGCACAUUCUCAACCCUGAGGAGCUCCAUGUUAUCGAGGAGAUCCCGAUGGCAGAGGACAAGCUGGACUGCUUGUUCGAGAUUGCAGGAGUGAAAAGUCAAGAAGCAAGCCAGACGCUGCUUGACUCGGUCUACUGCCACUUGCCCGACCUUCUUUAGACCUUUACAACAUCUCGCUAUUGUCAGCUACAGAAACAAAGUGACGGACACACAAAUGUGUGCUCACUUUGUUCCAUUGUGUCGUGACAUGCACGUAAUUUUAAAACCUCUGGAAUGCUCAGACGGGAGCUUAUCUGCACAUAAAAAAGCAGCUCAUUUAGCUAGAAUUCACAGUGUGGAAGAAGCGUUCUCAUGUUUGUGAGCUCUUGACUGGAUGUCAGUGCUAUAACCUCUCUAACAUACAGCAUAUUCUUGCACACACCUCAGCAUGAUGUCUAACUCAAAGCUAUAUGAUGUAACUUAUGAACUGGUUUGUAAAAUUGUUAAUUCAAGCAUUUAGUCCUCUGAUGUUAUGUUAAAAUGUAUUUUUUUUAAAUUACUACUUACAACUUACAAAUUAACACAUCCUAAUCAGCAAGAUAUUUUCGUUCCUUUUGUUUGUCUUUUUUAUGUUCUGAAGUAUUACCACUGUAGCUUGUGUAGAUGAUAAUUUUGUGUUUUAUGUGAUUUCAAGGGCACUGAAAACUAUUCUAACUGGUUCUGAUGCAAAUCAUGACUGUGGAUUAUGUGCACUCACUACACAACUCUCAAAAUAAACUCCAUUCCCAUGUGCUUUUCCAAUAAAAGAGGACAAAAAACAAGUAUGAUCGCUUAGUAAUUUCACACAGGCUAGAGUACCACCAAAAAAUCUACUUCACAACAUUUAAAUGUAGCAUUUCAGUGUUGAUAUUGCAGCUGAUGAUAUGUGGUACAGAGAGAAUGUCUCUGUUAAAUCAAGUCACUCUGGUGCUAGAUGUGAAACUAUGGGAUAGUGGUCGAUUUUAUUCCAAUAACAGGGUGUUUAUGGUCACUUGACCGCUGAACUUUAAAAAAAUAAAUAAAUGUGGGUCAAGAUGAAAUAGCAGCUUGUAUUGACGCUCCUGGAUCUUAGGAAGACUGUCAGAUGAGCUGUUUGGAAACAAACAAGGACCGAAUCAUGGAGCGGAAAGCUAAUAUGUAUUCUAAUGGCUGUUUUAAAGUGUAACACAUGUAACCAAGACAUUUAUUAUUAUUGAUAAUUAUCAUGUAACCUGGGAAAUCAACAGAUUAAAGUUUUUUGUCAUAA